AUGCCGGCUUGUGUGAAGACACCUGAACUUUGUGAAGCUAGUGUUAAGAAAUCUGAACUUUUUGAAGCUAGUGUGAAGACACCUGAACUUUGUAAAGCUAGUAAAAAGACAUAUAAACCUUUUGAAGCUAGUGUGAAAACACCUGAACUUUUUGAAGCUAGUGUGAAGACACCUGAACUUUGUGAAGCUAGUAAAAAGACAUAUAAACCUUUUGAAGCUAGUGUGAAGACACCUGAACUUCGUGAAGCAAGUGCAAUGAAAUCUGAACCUUUUGAAGCUAGUGUGAAAACACCUGAACUUUUUGAAGCUAGUGUGAAGGAAUCUGAACCUUUUGAAGCUAGUGUGAAGACACCUGAACAUUUUGAAGCUAGUGUGAAGACGACUGAACCAAAUUUAUUAGAACUAGUGUGAAGACACCUGAACUUUUCGAAGCUAGUGUAAAGACGACUGAACUUUGUGAAGCUAUUACAUUCCCACUCACAGCACACCCACUGUACAAUUCUCAUUCAAGAAGUUCAUCGAAACGACCGACAUUGACCCAUUAGCAGAAAAAAUAGCCGAAAAAAAUUUGCUUCGCACAAAAUCAUUCGCACA